CAUGACGAUGACGAUGUCGGAGGUACUUGUAAUUUGUGAUGUUUACAUAUGUUUCAGUCAGAUGGUUUGUCCGGAGCAGCUGGAGGGGGUCACACAGAAAUUGUUAGGAUGCUCCUGGAUAAGGGAGCCGACGUAAAUAAGUCAGAUGGUUUGUCCGGAGCAGCUACAUGGGGUCAUACAGAAAUUGUUAGGAUUCUCCUGGAUAAGGGAGCCGACGUAAAUAAGUCAGAUGGUUUGUCCGGAGCAGCUAGAGGGGGUCACACAGAAAUUGUUAGGAUGCUCCUGGAUAAGGGAGCCGACGUAAAUAAGUCAGAUGGUUUGUCCGGAGCAGCUAGAGGGGGUCACACAGAAAUUGUUAGGAUGCUCCUGGAUAAGGGAGCCGACGUAAAUAAGUCAGAUGGUUUGUCCGGAGCAGCUAGAGGGGGUCACACAGAAAUUGUUAGGAUGCUCCUGGAUAAGGGAGCCGACGUAAAUAAG